AUUAUUCAGUUCACAGUUGGGACUUGGGAGUAUUGACAAAGUUUUUUGCCAAGUAAUUAAUAAUAUCGUUCAAUAAUUAUAUAGUAAUAAUUAAUUUGGAACUUUACUUCAAUCUUCUUAGGGGUAAGUUCAAUUGCCCAAACAUGUCGUUUGUACAAGUGUCGGACACAAAUGAUGGCGACAGAGAAAUUGUCGACUUGCCUUUGGAGGAAGAUGGUACUCUCUUGUUGUCUACUUUGCACGCUCAGUAUCCAGAUGCGUGUGGUCUCAAGUAUGUUGCUCCGGACAAUGGCAGGACACGAGCAUUGCGUCUAGCUAAUGAUAAACUACAUCCACCCAACGAGGAAGGGUGGGGCGACAUUGUUUACUUUUGUUCUUUCAAUAAAGAUAACGGACAGAAGAGAAAAUUGAACGAAGAAAUUGAAAGUGAUGUUGAGCGAGCACCCAAAGAACAGAAGUCUGAGGCGACAUCAACAGCUUGGAAGAAUCGUGAUUUACUUGUACUCGGUUUACCAUGGAAAACGACUGAUGAGGACUUAGAAAGUUACUUUAGUAAAUACGGUGAACUGCGCAUGGCACAAGUUAAAAAAUCUGCUGAUGGCCGAUCAAGAGGAUUUGGGUUUAUACGUUUCAAGGAACAAGAGUCACAAGUGCGAUCAAUGUUAGAUUCACAUGUCAUUAAUGGAAGACGAUGUGAAAUAAAAAUUCCUAAUAUAAAGGAUGCAUUUAUAAAUGAAGCUCCUAAGAAAAUAUUUGUUGGACAACUUACUGAAAGUAUUACACAAGAAGAUCUCGAAGAAUACUUUAAGCAAUUUGGAGAUAUAGUGGAAGUUUUUGUACCACGUCCUUUCAAAGGUAUUGCUUUUGUGUCAUUCACCAAAUCUGACUCUGCCCUAACAGCCCUCGAUCAAGAUCACACUAUUAAAGAUGUUCGUCUAAGUGUUUCGGUUGCCAUGCCUAAAGAAAAAGACCAAAGGUUCCGCAGAGGUCGUGGCAGUGGCGGCAGUAGUAAUUACAAUAGCCGGAUGAGGGGAAGUCGUGAUCAUUAUAGUAGCCGAGGCAAUUAUUAUGAUGACGGUGGAUGGGAUGAUUAUGACCGUGGCAGCUAUUCUGAUCGCUACAGGGAUGAUAAUGACCGUGGUAGCUAUUCUGAUCGCUACAGGGAUGAUCGUUAUGACAGGAAGCCGUACAGUAACGAUCGGUCUUACGGAGUUUGGCGCAAAAAUGAUUACGUCGAUUCAUCUUCUUCGUCUCAAAAUAAAGGUGGCAGCAGCAAAAUCGAUCCAAAUUUAGUUGCUGCAGUUGUAGAAAAAACAGUCAGAGGAGUAAUUGGAAAUAUGAAUAACGUAAUGUGACUAUAAUAUUGUUUAUUUUUUAUCGUAUUUGUAUUUUUGGAUGUAAGUAUAUUGUGACACUAUGUUUUCUACAAUUGACAAUCUGUACUUAAAAGAUAUUCAGAAAAUUUAAAACAAACUGUGCAUAAUAUGUAUUUAACUAGCUAUAAAUGAAAAUGUUAAUCCUUAAUGACCAAAUGGAUAAUGAUGACACUUGUAUUAUAUGAUUCGAGGAAAAAAGUGAUGAUCUUAACAAAAAUAAUAAUUACAUGAGAUAUGCUAUAUUUCUUGUUACAAUAUAUUGAAGUUAUUUACCUAUUUUUUAUUACUCUAAGAUAGUGUUACAAUAUAUUUCUUCCAUUUUUUUAUAAUGUAUGCAUUUUAUUAAUUUAUAUAUAUAUAUAAUAUCAGUUUUUAUAGGUUCAAUGUUUUUUUUUAAAUUUAUUAGGUAAUAAUUAGAAAAUGAAUGAAUCUAAAAAGUUAUUAAUAUCAAUAUGUAUUUUUAUUUGGUUAUGACCAACUAUGUUAAAUUAAUAAUACAAAUUUUACGUAACUAAAAUAAUUUAUUCCAAUUUGUCG